UUCUGCGUUCCCGGCUGUCCCAAGCAGACGUGAGUGCUGUGCUUCUAACUUCUUUGUCUGAAGAACAAUAGCAGAUUCGAAGAUGAGUUCAGGCGAUGAUGAUGGUGCCACUCCCGCCAAGCUACAUAAGCCUAAUGAACCCAUUCCGAUAUUCGUGGUCGGCGAAGAAGAAGUUAUUGAGAAUAACGAGGAAGAAGUUCAAGAAAUAGUGCAAGAUCCGGCUGCAGUCGCCGUGGAGGCUCAAACCGCCUUUCAAAGUGUGGCGGAGCGCGAGAUUCACGAAGCGGUCAAAGUGAUUGCUGAAGAUGAACAAUACCAUACUGAUGAUUCGCAGAGCAUCGUAUCCGAUGAUGGACAUCGCGAUGUGCAGAAUGUGAAAGAGAUUCUGAUCGUCAGCGAGAUUGAUUCAGAUGAUGACGAUGGAGAAGGGGAAAGCGAAACCGGAGACUCCGACGACGAAUACGAGCCGUACGGUGAUCACGAUUCUCAAAUAGAUGUUGACAAAAUGAAGACAGUACUGAUCGUCAGUGAACUUGACUCUGAUGAUGAUAGUUUCUGCGACGGCGGGUCAGAAAAUUCUGACGAUAAUGAUGGUCUGCCGCCAGAAUGGCAGAUGAAUUGCCAGCCUGGCGCGGCACCGAUCUAUUACCACAUUCCAUCUGGUGCCGUUACCAAUGUUAGGCCUCGAGUACAUGGCACAAAGGUAAAGCUACAGAUUUUACAAUUUCUGUUACAUUUAUUGCAAAUAUUAACAUUUGCUGCUAAUCUUAUGUCGGAAAUUCACUUACAUGCAUUCGAUCGAUAUUGAAAGAUUCUUACGAUCACUAAAGUGUUUAAUUUUCAGAAUAAGAAUUCUAGCAAUUUGGGCUAUGAAAUCAACGAGGAAGAAUAAAAUAAUUCUUUUGAAAUAAUUGUGUAUCAAUUAUAAUAUUAUACUAUGCAGGUCAUUCGGUUGCUACCGAACUGCACAUAUAUAUUGCAUCAUUGUAUUAUUAAAUGUUUAGGAUUACGGUGUAACAAUUGAUGUUAACUAUACUUUAUGGAAUUAUGAUCUCUUCUAUAGACAUUUUACGUAGUAGAUUUUAUUUACAAUUAGAAAACAUCUGAGGUUGUGUGACUUUGAUUUGACUGAUUAAUUUUUGACUUAUAUUUUAUUACUACUAUUAUUAACUAUAUAGUAUAAAGUAUUAUUAUUGAACAUUAUUAUUCAUUGAAAAUGAAAUUGAUGUACCUUUAACGUAGUUAUAGUUUAUCUGUAGUAGGUGUUAUGAAUGUCUAUUUACACAAAUGUCAUGAUCAUUAUAAAACAUUCUUUACUAUCGUAGUACUCGAGUAAAGCGUGGUUCGCGUGGUCGUAUGGAGAUACUAUUCUUGUAAACUAUUUAUUCACCCCAUAUUUUGUUGAAUUAAUUUCGGUUCAUUGGAAAUGGAUCGUAAGAGAAAAUUAUUUUACUCUCAAUUUAUACCUAUCUUUACCUAACUAAAUUUUUUAUUUAUCAUUUGGAAUGUGAUAAUAAAUUAACUAUGGGAGCUUUAAGCGUUAUAGCGUGAUAGAGUAAGAUUUUGGACAGUUGAAAUUAAUUACCGAUAUUAUCUACAAAAUUGCCUAGUUCUAGGAGGAGACAUGAAAUGUUUAGAACGAAAUGAGCUUUUACUCAAAUAGUUUGUUUGGAUAAUGUAUGGUAUAUUUUAUUUUAUAGGCUAUCCCCGACUGAUUCAUUUAUAUUUUAAAUCUUACUGUUGAAUCUUAAGGCAUUUUUGUACAAACUUAUUUUGUAUUCAUGUUUCAUACAUAAUUUAAACUAAAAAUAAGAAGUUAUUUACUAUGAAAUUGUAUCCGAGCCACAUAAUUAUUAAAUUUGAGGCUAAUGAGGGAAAAGUCUAGUGUUGGGACCGCAGAUUUUAUUUAAAACAUACAUUUUGUGUACUUGAGGGUAGUUCAAAAUUCGUAUACACUUCAUUCAUAUAUACCCACCCGACUUUUGGGAACAAGUCAAAUAUAUCAAGAAACUUUACUAAACUAUUUUAUUUAAUCAUCUUAUAUCAAUCAAAAAAAAAAUCAUGAGCUUGGAAACAUAAGGGUAGACAAUUAGUUUGACAAAUCUUAAACUACCUUCAUAUUAUAUUUGUGGUCGUAACAUUGGAACUUGAUAACUGGAUUCAAGUCCAGUAGGAUUUGACAGGGAAUAUACUAUUUUAGAAGACUUACCUAUUAUAUGGCUCGGGCUCUAUGUAUCCGAUGUAUGUAAUUAAUGUGAAUUUUAAACUCUUGGUGUAAAAUAAAUGAAUUCGGUGUCA